AUGCUCUCUAAGUUACCUGUAGAGCUGCUGCUCUCAAUAGCAAGCUAUCUUGACAACCACACGGAUACCCUGCGAUUCGCCUCCUCUUGCCGUGCCUUCUAUCAACUUUUGUUACCCGGCGUCUUUACAUCGCUCGACCUGACAGAGUGCCGCAAUGGGCAAUUGAGUCAUCUAGUGCACACACUCGCAUCCAGGCCGGAAUUAGCGCAAGAAGUGCGCACUUUAAGUGUCUCCCAUGGCUGGCGGCCGCCUGCCGGCGUACGAUAUGAACAGGAGGUUAUCCUGCCAAUUCUCAACCCAGUCCUGGAGUGUUGGGACAGUCUAUCUAAUUGGGAUUGGGAACUACAGACUGAAGGGAAUAAUGAUGCAUGGACUGUCCUGCUUCUGACCCUCUUGCCUAAUCUGGAGGAUCUAUUUCUGGAGAUUCAUGACUUUUCAAACUACACUCUCGAGUGGAUGUCCAGGGUCGGCUAUAGACUAAACCCUGGUUUGUCUAAAUUAAAACACUUCACAGCCGUGUGUUCUGAUGUAGAUGGCGGCCACAGCUCAAUCCAAUUUACCGCAAUACUUCAGUUUCCCUCGUUACGAACCUUUUCUGGCCAUUGGGUAUGUGAUGAGGAAGACCCCGAUGAGGAAGAUUUCGAAGAUGAAGAAGGGCACGAUGUGGCCAGCUACGUGCCCGACAGCUCCAAUGUCACUCAUAUCCACCUCAAGUCCAGCUGUUCUCGAAAAGGCUUUUGGAAUAUGAUAGGCGCAGCCAAGAGACUCGAAUCGUUCGUGCUUGAGCAUGCCGGUAACCCGACUUACGCGGAUGAUGAGGGAGUGCACGCGUCGAGCUACUACCAACCAUUGCAAAAACAUCGGGAGACCUUGCAAACGUUAACACUGACCGAUAAGCGCACCAACAAUUAUACCGCUCACCAGAUUGUCGACUAUGAUUACGUUGGAUCAUUCGCGGGAUUCAGUGCGCUGAAGGAGCUUCGGAUGCAGAUAUGUCACAUACUAGACUGGGACGGUGACCUAGACAUGCCAUUAAACAACGGAUUCAGUGAUGUUUUGCCUCUAUCGCUGGAAAGCCUUACUCUUGAUGGCCUAGAGGAAUACCAGACACCUCAUCUAGCUGAGGCGUUUAAGGACUUCUUCUCAGGAGGCAGGUGCCGCUGCCCAAACCUGACUUAUUUAGAAGUCAAGGGAAACUGGAUGCAUGUCCAGCAGUCAACUGAGGAGUCUAACGCUAAACCCCGUCCUAUACCUGCCAUGCUAAAGGCGUUUGCCGCCUUCAAGGUGAAACUUGAGGUGUUAUGUUCGGCUGCGGGAGUUGAGUUCCGUCUACGUGAUUUGCAUGUGGAGGAUAUUAUCCAGCAAAAUGCUUUGUAUGACUUUGAGAGUGAUGCCCUGUGA